GGAAGGAAAAUCCCAAAAGCAAAAGCCAUAUUAUCAAUAAGUCAGUAGAGAAGCCAAAAACAAACUUUGUUUUCAUUUCCAUCCAAAUCCAUUCUAAGAAUGUCAAACAGUGAGGUCGGCGUUAAGGUGAAGGCCCGUUUGGCCAUACUCGCUGCUCACCUGGCAGCACCGCCACCCUCCGACCUCUCUUCUCCGCCCAUCAUUGAGCCAUGGUGCGUCUCUGCUCAGACCGCCGCCUCCCUUGGCGGUUCCUUGACCAUCAUCGACGAACGCACUGGGAAGAAGUACCAGGUCCCCGUCUCCGCAGAAGGCACCGUUAAAGCGGUUGACUUGAAGAAGAUAACGACCGGUAAGGAUGACAAGGGUCUCAAGAUGUAUGACCCUGGCUAUUUGAACACAGCUCCUGUACGCUCAUCAAUUUCCUAUAUUGACGGGGAUCAGGGGAUCCUUCGAUACAGAGGCUACCCAAUUGAGGAGGCCAAGAUAUCUACCAGUCAAAACAAGUAAGAGACAAACAAAUAGCUCGUAUUCUUGGAAAGGUUUGUAUUUUCAAUUUUAAUCCUAUCCGAUAUUUUUAAAUGGACAACUCUUGCAGCUUUGUGUUUUCUGAGGCCACUUAUUUUCAGG